UGAUUUAUUCAUUGCAUCGCAAGUUCCAUCUCUCCAGGUCAGGUUCAUGCAGGCCUGGUGACAAUGUUGGGGUUUAAUGUAGGCACUUCGGCAAUGGGAAAAUACAUGCAAGACGUUGAGAUCUGGGAGAAAACAGAAACCUCACCAUCUGAGAAGAAGGCAAGCUUACUCAGUCAACUUCUCCAUGAGAAGGUGCCCAGUGGCACAGAGGAGGCUAAAUCUCUUCUUCACAGACUGGUUUUCCUGGCUAAGAUCUCCCCACACCUGGCAGAUAAAAGGGAUUUAGCCGAAUACUGGGAACAGCUGUUUGUGAGACUACAACGCUACUACUAUCAGGGUGAGGGGGUCACAGGCCUGCUGCUGUUCUAUCCUGCACACAUUGUCCACAUAUUGGAGUCAUCCAGUGACAUGCUUUACUCUGUCCUGAGGGAUCUAAGAGAUAUAGAGGAGCAGCAGAGAGUAUUGGUCCUGGGAACCAAGAUCCUUGUGAUGUCCCAUAAUAUCCCCUCCCGGCUUUUCCAGCAAUGGAACUACAAAGUACUGAAUAUGCCAGAGACACACCUGAGCUAUGAUUCAGCCCAUGAAGAGCCAGUAGAGGCUAUCAUCUGUGAAUGCCUCGCUACACUCCUGAAACUUGGCAAGCAUCUUCUGAAGUAUCCCAAGAGCCCCCAGAACCUCCCAGACACCAUCCUGGCAAAGGUACCAGAGCUCAUGAUUCCCCAAGACAUCGUCUGCCACCUGCUGGAGUGCCAAGAGUUGCUAACCCCUGCCCAGUACUUGCAUCUUUACGACUCCCCUAUGGACAUCCUCAUGGACUCAGAGAGAGUGUGGCCUUUGCCAGAAUGGGUAAAGCUACAUCUUAAAUGAGCAGCUGCAUGAAAAGGGAACCUGCAUCCCACUGGGAAAUUUAAGGAAGAUCAAGUUCACCAUACCUGGAAAACUGUUACCAGAACACCAAGACAGCAUCCUUGGAAUUUUAACUGCGACCUUCAUGGUGAAAGGGAGCUUCCCCCAUAAUCAUUAGGACAAGCGGGGAAAGAGGUGGUAGUGGUGGUCUGGUUUUGUUAUAGUCACUGUGAAAAUAAUGAAUACAUAGAGUUGCUUUGGAACCUUAGGCCCUAUACAAAUUCUGGAUUGCGCAUCUGUAUGACUGUUUGCAAAGAGAAAUGUGGUUUCAUGUAGAGUUUUGGUAUGGCAUACAUUUCUGCAAGUAAAAAUUAGUCCUACCAUAAUGGUCAGCAGCAGCAAAAACAAACCCAUCUCUAUGGAAGUAGUGGAGUCAAGAAAACAAAAGACAAUGGGCCUAUGUUUAUCCUUACUAUAUCACACAAUUACCUGACCCAGGUGAAACCAUGCUGUCUGGAUCCUAUUCUGCAAGUGGAUGGAAAACAACACUGGUUAAGCAAUCACCUUUUCGCAGCUAGCCAUUUCCCCCCUGCCAUGCCUAUAUAUUAGAUUAAGGUGGGUAGCUUUUCGGUACUGCCCCCCUUUCUAUUUAUUUUUCCCAAAUUUAUCUUCUUAGAAAUCAAAUCCACAAAUCAUCAAUUCAUUUUUUCUCGUCUCAUGCAGAAAGUCAAUAAGGGGUUUCCAAUUAACCAUAAAGGUAAACAAUGUUUUAUCUCUGAUCAGAGCUGUAAGUUUAGCUAUCUCUGCUAACUCCCUCAUUUUCACAAUCCACUCAUCCAUUGAAGGCAAUACUGUAGUUUUCCAUUUUUGCACAUAUUAAAGACUAACCGCCGUUGUCAUAUAUAGAAAUAGGACACCAUGUUUAUUUUCCAGUCCCAACUAAAAGGGUUCUGGUUUAAGUUGUAUAUUGAUCUUCAAAAUUUUCUGUUAUCAUAUGAAUUUGUGACCAAUUUUUUUUUGCUUUAGGACAAGUCCAUCAAAGAUGAUAAAAUGUUCCUUCAUGUUGCUAUAUCUGAAGAAGUGAGCUGUGACUCAUGAUGAAAGCUCAAACACUACCACAUUUUUUUUUUUAGUCUUAUAGGUGCUACUGGACUCUUGCUCUUUUCUAAUGCCUAUGUAUUGUCUCAGUUCUAUAGUUUUUAAAGUCUGAGUUCUGUUGCAGAUACUUCCGAUAAGUCGCACCUGAUAACUUGCAAGGAGUAAUUUGCCUUCCAAAAGCAGCAUUAUUCCACCUACUCAGCUUCACACCCUUGAAUAAGGAGCAUUCAUAGAAAGCUGCAUCAUUUGUUAUCCUUCACGCUUGGUGGAGGUUUACUUUUCAACUUUGUUCUUACAGCCAUGGUUUUCUUUAAAAGGAAGGCAGCAAAUUUGACAUGCAUGUCCACUGAGAAUAACAUACUUUGAAAAGUCUAAAUAGAUAGCUUUAUGUAGAUAGUUCAACUCAAUAUGCUUUUG